UCACUAAACCUGAUCUCAGUGGCAUUUCUCUCCAGUCUGCCUGUGAGAAUCAUCUGCAGUGCUGGAUGUUACACACUUCAUCGUCGGUCAGUGAACACGUCACGGGGUUUUUGGGACUACAACAAUGAACAUCUCGGUGGCAUUGUCACAGAUUAAGUUGCAGCCAUGGAGUGCCUCAAAAACUGCUGCAAGAUCCUGACAAAAACAGAGCAGCGGGAGCUGGAGACAGAAGUGAUCAAACUGAAAGUGCCUCCGAACAAGGCGAUCACUGCAGGCGUGGAGUCAGAGAGAGGACAGAGGGGCAUCACGGAGGAUUACCUCAUGUCCAAACUUCCCCCCGAUGGCAAAGAGGUCCCGUUUGUCCUGCCCACCAUCAAGACGUCCUAUGUCCAACCCAGAGGUUCUCGUUAUCCCAAUUUACAGCCGGGGAUGCAGAGUUCAAUGCGGAGCACGUACGCAGAGAGGAAGGCCGAGCUUCUGGGCUCCAGUCACUUCACCUACAGCCCAGAGUCCAAUUUCCACGAGGGUCAGAUGGCUGAGUACAUUUCCCCUGGUUCAGCCCGUCGUGACACAAUGAAGAACAGAAUGUCCAGCCCACUAAACCCAGGCUGGACUCUGCAGCCGGACGGCCAGCAUCGACAGUGCACCUCCAUGUUGGAUCUGUCCAACGCACACAGUCACAUGCAGCAAUUUGACUUGGUCGCCAGCGUCCGCAGCAGCACAUCUUCAGUGAUGGGCUCCACUGACAGCUGUCUAGACUCCAUCACCCUGUCUGGCGAUGAGCGUGAGUGGGGAAAAGUGUGCGUCCGGAUGAGCUACCAGGAUGCUUUGGAGCAGGUGUGGAUCACUCUGGUCCAGUGUUCAGACCUCAAUCUUCCUCUGGAUGGAGCUGAACAACAGAAGGUUGGAUUCAAAGGGAUCAUCACUUUGCCUAAACCCAUACAGUUCAAGAGCUCAGUUAAAGACUACCGCCAGGAAGUGUCCUUCAUGGAGACCUUUGUCUUCGCGCUCCGCCUCCAGGAGCUGCGCUGCAGCGCUUUAGUGCUGCGACUGCAGAUGCACAACCCCAAGAAACGCACAGCGGCCGAGUGUGUCCUCUCCCUGCGGCAACUCGGUCCUCUGGAGACGCUGCACUGGCUCGACCUCAACACUCCAUCCAAAUCCUCUGUGUGCCACGCCGAGCUGCAUCUCACCACCUGCUUCCAGCCAGUUAACGGUCGCAUCCAGCUCCAGAUCAUUGCCGCCCAAAAUCUCCCAGCAUCCUCGUCACCGAUCACUCAAGCGUUUUUCGUCAAGGCGGAGAUGCACCAGAUGGGCCAGGUGCUGAUGAAGAAGAAGACUCGCGUGAUGAAGCCGGCCGGGGGUCAGUGUCAGUGGGUGGAGCUUUUCCACUUCCAACUGGCUGCGUUUGACAACGCCUGCUCGCUGUUAGUGAAACUCUACAGUCGCAGCUCGGUCAGGAGGAAACAGUGUCUUGGACAGGUUCAGCUAGGGUAUGACAGCCCCGUCCCAGAGGCGGUGGAGCAGUGGAAGGACAUGAUGGCUCACCCGGAGAAAAUGGUGACAGCAUGGCACAGGCUGAAUGCUCCAUAAACCCAAACCUCUCCUGACUGGCGUGAGCCCUUCGUACUCACUGAUACACAGUUAACUCUGAUGGACCUGAAGUGUAAACCAGUCCCAUGGUGCUGGGAAUGCCCUGGAAGAGCAGAUGAUUAUUUUAAGAGUAUAAAUCGUUUGGUUUUCAGAAUGAGCCUUUUCUAUCGGGCAGAUUUCACUGUGUUUCUACAGCAGCCUGAAUGUUCAAACCAGCCAGAAUGUGCGUUUUGAAGUGGCAGCUUACUACACAAAUGAAGAACAACAACAUUUUUUUUUUCUGGUAUGUGAAGGCCACCGUAGUUUCACUAAUGUUUACUCACUGGACCCUAAAAAAUAGCACUCAAAUGUUUAUAGUAUGUAUUUUUUUGUAAGUCACAGAUGUAGUUUAUAGAGCUGCUUGUUAGUCAAAGAACUGUCACUUUGUUUCAGCUGCAGCGAGAGUGACCAUAAAACGUACUGUAUUUAAAAACUUCAAGCUGUCACUGUGUAAAUAAAUGUUUAAAGAUCCCUACUGUUAAGAAAACACCAUAAAAAGACCAAGACCUACACAAGGAUUUCUCUUUUACUCUCCAAUCCUCCCUCUGGAUCUCACUCAGUGAUUCCCACGGAAAAUUGAAAUCUGUAAAAAAAAAUGGGUCAUGGGUGUCGUUUACGUUACUAAUAAUAGUCUUUAAGCAAAUAUACAGUAUCCAUGUGUGUGUGAGGGUGCGAUAAUAUACAUUUGGUCUGUCGGUGAGCAUUUCAGGACAGGGUUUGACUUGGAAAAAAAAGGUUCUGGUCUUUUUAUGGGAUUUUCCAUCAAUAAGGAGGACAUAGAAUAUUAACCCUAACUUAACCCUAAUUUUAACUUUUUAGGACCUCACUUUACUGUACAAUACUGCAGCAGAUGUACCAAACCAUAUCUGUAAGCUUUUGAUUAAAAGCACUUUCAUUUUUGUAAAAUGUAAUGUUAAAUGUUAAAGGUUAUAGUGAUUAAACAUAUUUAUAUAUA